CACAGGCACAACAUGGUGCCGGAGGACAGCGGCGUGUGCGCGGGUUGAGAGUUCCGGUGCUAUGCAGGACUCGCACGCCGACCUGCGCGUUUUGUUGUGGGCACAUAAUCUCUCCAAUGAGGCGUGUCGUGUCCUCUCUGCUGUCUCCUCCUUUUAACUCUUCACUGACACCUCACACACACACACACACAUCUUCAUUCUCAUCUCCUUCAUCAUCAUCUUCUUCAUUCUCAUCUCCUUCAUCCUCAUCUUCUUCUUCAUCCUCAUCUCCAUCUUCAUUCUCAUUUCCUCCUUUUAACUCUUCACUGACACCUCACACACACACACCAUCUUCAUUCUCAUCUCCUUCAUCCUCAUCUUCUUCUUCAUCCUCAUCUCCAUCUUCAUUCUCAUUUCCUCCUUUUAACUCUUCACUGACACCUCACACACACACACCAUCUUCAUUCUCAUCUCCUUCAUCAUCAUCUCCUUCUUCAUCCUCAUCUCCAUCUUCAUCCUCAUCUCCUUUUAACUUUAGACUGGCACCCUGGACCACACACACAAUCCUCAUUCUCAUCUUGAUCUUCAUCAUUGUCCUCUUUCUCAACUGCAUCUUGAUCCUCAUCUUCAUCAUCAUCUUCAUUGUCAUCCUCAUCUUCAUUUCCAUCCUCAUCUUCAUUCACAUCUUUAUUUUCAUCCUCAUCUUCAUUCUGAUCUUCAUCCUCAUCUUCAUUGUCAUCCUCCUCUUCAUUCUCAUUUUCACCCUCAUCUUCAUCCUCAUUCUCAUCCUCAUCUUCAUUCACAUCUUUAUUUUCAUCCUCAUCUUCAUUCUGAUCUUCAUCCUCAUCUUCAUUAUCAUCCUCCUCUUCAUUCUCAUUUUCACCCUCAUCUUCAUCAUCAUUCUCAUCCUCAUCUUCAUUGUCAUCCUCAUCUUCAUUUUCAUCCUCAUCUUCAUUCUCUUCCUCAUCUUCAUUCACAUCUUUAUUUGCAUCCUCAUUUUCACCCUCAUCUUCAUUCUCAUUUUCACCCUCAUCUUCAUCCUCAUCUUCAUUCUCAUAUUCAUCCUGUCUCCUCAUUUUAACUCUUCACUGGCACCCUGGACCACACACACACACACCAUCCACAUCUUCAUUCUCAUCUUCAUCUUGCUCCUCAUCUUCAUCAUCAUUCUCAUCUUCAUCUUGAUCUUCAUCUUCAUGAGCCACAAGCGUCAAAAACACCCGUUUUGUCAAAUAUGUUGAAUCUUGAUUCCACAAAAAUCUUCCGGCUCCAGGGACCGGCCCUGCCCGCCAGCAGCAGCCGCCUAAGGAGGCUCCUCAGGCGGCCUCACGCGGCUCAGCGUUCCGUCGACUCCACUCUGGAGGCCCCUUCCUGCAAUACCCGGAGACGCGCUUAGAGGGCGCCAGUGUCUAACUCUGCAGACUUCUCCUUCUGCUGCAAAGUGAGUGAGAAGCUGAUUUAUUGAUAUCAUUGAUUUAUUGAUUCACUGCUUCCUUGUUUAAUUGACAUGUUCAUUUAGUGAUUCACAAAGUCAUUGAUUUAUGAAUUCACUGAUUCAUUUAUUCACUGCUUCGUUGUUUAACUGAUUAAUUUGUCGAUUCACAAAGUCAUUGAUUUAUUCAUUCAUUUAUUCAUUGCUUUGUUGUUUAACUGGUUAAUUUACAGAUUAACGAUGUCAUUGCUUUAUUCAUUUAUUGAUUCAUUUAUUCACUGGUUCGUUGUUUAAUUGACAUGUUAAUUCAUUGAUUCACAAUGUCAUUGUUUGAUGAAUUCAAUGAUUCAUUUAUUCACUGCUUUGUUGUUGAACUGAUUAAUUUAUUGAUUCACUGAGUCAUUGGAUUAUGAAUUCAGCCAUUCAUUGAUUAAUAAGCCCUUCUCCAAAGGAGCAAUAUGAUGAUGACAAAUGGGCGGCGGCAUGAAAGUGUAAUCAGGGACGUUUUGAGGCGACUAAUGCUCCAAUUUGAAGAUGUCUCAUCUUUUUAGCUGUUUGUCCUUUUGUCCUAAAUGAUAAAUCCUGCAGAAUAUGAUCCUGCAUAAACAAAUACGGCCAUCAGACGCUCAUCUUCUCCAAAUAAAUCACACUCUUUUCUGGCAGACAAAGAGAAUGCAGGGGAGAUCAUCUGCUGUGUUUUUAAUUAAAAGGUUAUUUAUUGGAUGUUUAUUAUGUUGCUUUUGAGGACAAACUUGAUGACAAUUUGUUUGGCUUUUGGGGGAUAAGAGUCUUCAUAAAGUUCAAAGGUCACAAUAACACCAGGAGGAGAGAGUUAGAAAACCAAUGAAAUAAUAAUAAUGACAUUAUUGUUAGUGAUAAUAUUUAUAUUUACAAAUGCAUCUGGGCCAAUUUAUUAGGUACACAUCCACGUGGGAAAAAACUUUUUUUUAAAUGCGUGAAUAAACAAUUUCCAGGAAAUGAGCAUGUCCAACAUUUUACACCAAAAACAUGAAAGCAAAAUAAUAGUCAUUAUUUUAAUCCAUUUCAUUUAGGGAUUAUUUAUUUUCAUAUAGCCUUUG